GCAGGUUUUCAAUUAGCAUUGUACUAGACUAGAGAGAUAGACCUGUCUAGAUCUAAUUACAAUCUCUAUCUCACACAUUGGAAACCUGAUGACAGUCUGCAGUUUGUGUCCGCCAUUCAAGCAAACUAAUCCCACCUGAAACCUCAUCCACUGAGGUUAAUAUUUAACAAGCAUUGAGAGUUUAGUUCCUCACAAAAACGAGCAUCUUUCCAGUUUUUCUCUAUUAUGUUUGCAAGCCAGGUCUUCCUACAGCUAACCACAGUUAAGUGUCAUCCUGAAUCCAGGAAUCCUGCUGGUGUCAUGUACAGCCACGUCUGAGUGUAACCCACAGACAGUGUUGUAAUGUAUCAUUGUGACGUGUGCUUUGUAUCAUUUCCAAGCAAAACAGAGAUACGAAGACUCUGGCAUCAUGUAUGUCAAUUCUGGAGCAGAAAAUGUGUCCAUGUCUUUGAACUUUAUGGGCAGGAAGUUACGUAACCAUACUGUUGCUCCAGCAGCAAAACAAUGUGCCUGGGAGACAACUGACCUUUCUCGGUAUCAUGAAGAUCCUGUGGUCUCCACACGAGUGGUACUUUCUCAUGCCAUUGGGUCAUCAGAAGAACUGCCAGGCAGUGUUCCUGAUCUGAGAGAAGAGGUCCAGUGGUGUAGACCAUGUAACAACCAUAACACACUCCUAGACCAGGAUAAAGAUAGAGCAAGCAAAUCUGGAACAAGUGUUUCAACAUGAUAUUUAUGCCACUGGAAAUGUUACAAGAAGAAACUGCAGAAAAAAAAGAAGCAAAAAUAAUAUCUGUAUUUGAGUACUUAAAGGGACAGUCAACCGAAAAAUCUAAUGUCUGUCAUCAUUUACUCCAAUCCUUCUUUUUUUGUGUGUGUAACACGUUUUUAUACAGUGUAACACAAAAGGAGAUAUUUUGAAUAAUGUUGGUAACCAAACAGAUUUGGGUCCUGCUGACUUCAAGAGUGGACCAAAAAAAUAAAAAAUGCUUGCUUACCAACAUUGUUCAAAAUAUUUUCCUUUGUGUUCCAUUGGCAAAAGAAAAAUUCUGCAGGUUUGGAAUGACAGAAGGGUGAAUAGUUGAUGACAGAAUUAGCAUUUUUGGGUGGACAAACCCAAGGUACAAAUAUGAAUGUGUUUUGUCAUGUACAGACUUGUUUAGGUAUUUAAAAAGUUCAUUCAGUGUCAUUGUGGAAAUAUAAAGAUAGUUAUGUAAUUGUUUAUUUAAUAAAGUGCAUAC